GUUAAAUAUUCAAGUACAACAAGAAUUUUCUCUCUUUGAGCAGCAUAAUUAGAUCUGCCUAUCUAUCUGUACUCCGUCAGUGCCAAGGGAGAGAAAUAUUCUGAUCAGUUCUCAGAGAAUCCAUCCUUCAACUAUGUUGAUAUCAGCUGUUGCAUCAUAGGGUUCAGAGUAUAAAAUAAUUGAAGAAUGGCUUCGAAAAUUGUUGUGAUUGGGAGUGUGAACUGUGAGCUGCGUGAAGUGUUCACCAAGCUCGCCAAGUUACAUGUCAAGCAGAACUUCUCAAUUGCGAUCAUUGUUGGGGAUCUCUUCGGAGAUUGCUCGACGGAGCAUGAGCUGGACGAGAUCACUGCCCUGUUGCAGGGGAACAUCAACGUACCCCUGCCAACUUACUUUGGGUUAGGCAACCGACCCCUUCCCACUAGGAUAGUGGAAAGAAUCGAGGCAAACGACGAAGUUUGCCCGAAUCUAUACUUCCUGGGCAAACGCGGUACUCUUAAGACCGCGGAAGGCAUCCGUCUUGUUGCCCUUGGUGGCAACCUCGAGACAGACAGCAAAGCAACCAACAAGUUCCAUCCCGGCUAUACAGAAUCUGACGCCCGGGCACUCUAUGGAGCCCACAGUGCGGACAUCCUGAUCACUCACCAAUGGCCCAAGGGCAUCCGAACCGGGUCGAAUGCGCCGUUACCGGAGGAUGCCAAGGUGCCCGAGGAGGUGCAAUGCAUCGCAGACCUCUGCUCUACCUUGAAACCUCGAUACCAUGUUUCCUCGUCCGAUGGAUUCUUCUACGAGCGCGAGCCAUUCUUCCACAUGCCAUCAGAGGAUUACCCAGACGCCAAACCCCUCACCCGCUUCAUCAGCCCUCCACCCCUUACCAUCCCCGUCGGAGCUACUGCAACCCCUCUGGCCCCCAUCCAAGUCAAGCGGAAAGUCCUUCCAUCUCAGCGAGAGUCCUACCACCGCUUCGCCGGCACCGAAGAAGAUCACAGCCGGCCGCGCAAGCGCGCCCGAGCCCCUCCCCCAGGGCCGGAGCAAUGCUUCUUCUGCCUCUCCAACCCCAACAUCGCAACCCAUCUCAUCACCUCCAUCGGCAACGAAAGCUACCUCACAACCGCCAAGGGACCCCUCACCACCGCCAAAACCAUCACAGACCAGACAGCCCGCCAAUCAACCUACGCCGAAAUGCAGCGCUACCGCUCCGCCCUGCACGCUAUGCUCCAGCAGCGCAGCAACGGCGGCCUCGGCGCCGUCACCUGGGAAGUCAGCCGCGGAACCGGCAUCCACAUCCACUGGCAAUUCCUGCCCGUCCCCGCCGACCUAAUCAAACGCGGCCUCGUCGACGCCGCCUUCAGAGUCGAGGCCGAGAACCUCAACUACCCCAAAUUCGAGCGGCCCUCCGCAAGCGCCGACCCCAGCAGCGAACCGGGCGAUUUCUUCCGCCUUUGGAUCUGGGAGCCCCAGAACCCCGACGGAUCGGACGGUGCGACCACUAAAGGAGCCGAGAACACGCUCCUCCUCCCCCUCGGGCCGGAAUUCCGUUUCGAUAUCCAGUUCGGGCGGCGCGUGAUGGCGAAACUGAUGGAGUUGGAGAACAGGAUGAAUUGGAAGGAUGGGGUGCAGCCGCAGGAAGAGGAGGAGGCGGAUGCUGCUGCGUUCAAGGAGGCAUUCAAGGAGUUUGAUUUCUCGUUGCAGGAGUGAGGUCACCGAGAGGCGUUUUAUCUUUGGCUGGGUUGGCGGUUGCCCUUUGUGCCCGUAGACUUUGCUAGCGGGUUGUCUGAGUAGAAGAUAUUACAUGUAGAAAAGUAAUUGCUGAUGGUGACAUCCCUCAAUUCGAGGUUACAUUAAUUGGAACCUUAUUUUGGGGUCUGUAUGUCUCGAAAGAC